AUGGGCCAUGGGUACCUGGGACAGAACCCUGACCUGGACUCAAAGGCGCUGCUGGCCCUGACCCUGCCUCAACUGGUGCAGAAGUUACACAGCGGGGAGCUGUCUCCCCAGGCUGCGCUCUUCACCUACGUGGGAAAGGCCUGGGAAGUGAACAAAGGGACCAACUGUCUGACCACCUACCUUGAAGACUGUGAGACUCAGCUGUCCCAGGCCCCAAGGCAGGGCCUGCUCUACGGCGUCCCUGUGAGCCUUAAGGAGUGCUUCAGCUACAAGGGCCAGGACUCGACCCUGGGCUUGCACCUGAAUGAGGGGGUGCCAGCAGAGUGCGACAGCGUGGUGGUGCAGGUGCUGAAGCUGCAGGGCGCUGUGCCCUUCGUGCACACCAACGUCCCCCAGUCCAUGUUCAGCUAUGACUGCAGUAACCCCCUCUUUGGCCAGACCACGAACCCAUGGAAAUCUUCUAAGAGCCCAGGUGGCUCCUCUGGGGGUGAAGGGGCCCUCAUUGGAGCUGGAGGCUCCCUCCUGGGCUUAGGCACUGACAUUGGGGGCAGCAUUCGCUUUCCCUCCUCCUUCUGUGGUAUCUGCGGCCUCAAGCCCACAGGAAACCGCCUCAGCAAGAUUGGUCUGAAGGGCUGUGUCUAUGGACAGGUGGCAGUACAGCUCUCAGUCGGCCCCUUGGCCCGGGACGUGGAGAGCCUGGCGCUGUGCCUGCGAGCACUGCUGUGUGAGGACAUGUUCCGCUUGGAUCCCACUGUGCCCCCCCUGCCCUUCAAGGAGGAGGUCUAUACAAGCUCUCGGCCUCUGCGUGUGGGGUAUCAUGAGACAGAUAACUAUACCAUGCCAACCCCAGCCAUGAAGCGAGCCCUUCUGGAGACCAAGCAGAGACUUGAGGCUGCUGGCCACACGCUGGUUCCCUUCCUGCCAAGCAACAUACCCUAUGCUCUGGAGACACUGUCGACAGGUGGGCUGUUUAGUGAUGGUGGCAGCAGCUUCAUACAGAACUUCAAAGGUGAUUUCGUGGACCCCUGCUUGGGGGACCUGAUAUUGAUUCUGAAGCUGCCCAGUUGGCUUAAAGGACUGCUGGCUUUCCUGCUGAAGCCUCUGCUUCCAAGGCUGGCAGCCUUUCUCAGCAACAUGAGGUCUCGGUCCACUGGAAAGCUCUGGGAAUUGCAUCACGAGAUUGAGGUGUACCGCAACUCUGUGAUUGCCCAGUGGAGAGCACUGGACUUGGAUGUGCUGCUCACCCCCAUGCUGGGCCCUGCUAUGGACUUGAAUGCCCCAGGCAAGGCCUCAGGGGCCGUCAGCUACACUCUGCUCUACAACUGCCUGGACUUCCCAGCGGGGGUGGUGCCUGUCACCACAGUGACUCCUGAGGAUGAGGCCCAGAUGGAACAUUGCAGGGGCUACUUUGGAGAUAUGUGGGACAAGGUGCUGUGGAAGGCCAUGAAGAAGAGUGUGGGGCUGCCUGUGGCCGUGCAGUGCGUGGCUCUGCCCUGGCAGGAAGAGUUGUGUCUGCGGUUCAUGCGGGAGGUGGAGCAACUGAUGACGCCCGAAAAGCGGCUGUUUUGACUGUUGUCUGCCCAGCUGCCCAGCUGGCUCCAGAGGACUCACUCAAUCUGCGCCCAGCCUGGUCAGGACACAGCUGCCACCCUGCGAGGAAAUGUUCACCUGGGAGCAGAGGCUUCCUCCCCUUGCCCCUUCCAAGAAGCCAAGACCCCCUGAGUCUGGACCUUGCUCCUCCGUUUGGUCCCCAAACUCUGCCCUGACCCCCUCCCCAUGUGGCAGCCAGUGGGUAUGACAUGGGCAAAGCCCCACUAAUAGUCAACAAAUGGUUUCUA